AUGAUCCGACCACGGAGCAACUGGUACUUCCUUCGAUGGGUGUUAUUCGCAGGCGCCGGGGGGGCUUGCGGGGUUUUCAUCUACUUGAUGUGGUUUGGGAUGAACUCGGACCAUGAUAAUGUUCCCGCGCUUCUCACACAACUCAUCCCAGCAGGCCACUGCACCUGCCAGUCAUCCACUACAUUUCAAUGCGCUGACUGCCUGUCCUGUCUUGUCUUACCGUCGCCGUCGCCGCCGCCACCACAACCAUCUGCACUUGAACCGGAACGCCCCUCAACUUGGAGUUUCCUGUACGAGCGAGAUGACCAGGAUCGAGGUCUUAGUCAGAGUCAGUGUCAGGCAUCAUUUCCCGGUCUCUUCCAGGACGUCCGGCGAGGAGUCGAAUAUUGGAAGUCGAGAGAGGGCGGCAUAUCGAUUGACGAUAUGAAUGCCACCCCAUUUGAAGACGGUAUGGCCCGCGCGAUCAUUUCCAAUGGGGAACUAUACGUCGUGGCCACGAAAGCAAAAGGGGAGGACCACCGGCGCAAGAUCCUUGCUACUCUGGGAUCUAUCUACCGAGUUCUAUCCGCGUCAUCGACUCGGAGGUGGUCUCUCCCCACGAUUGAGUUUAUCUUCUCUAUCGAAGAUCGUGUGGAUGACAUUGACGCCUUUGGUCAUCCGGUCUGGGUAUUAUCAAGGAAAGUAUCGGAAGAGUCGGUCUUCCUGAUGCCCGAUUUCGGGUACUGGGCCUGGGCAAAGAGUAACAUCGGCCCAUACGGACAGGUAGUAGAGCGGAUCACAAAUGCUGAAUCCAGGGUGAAAUUCACGGAUAAAGAACCGAAGCUGGUUUGGCGGGGGAAGUUGAGUUUUGCACCAAAGCUGCGUCGGGCACUCUUAGACGUUGCACGGGGUAAACCUUGGAGUGAUGUGAAGGAGUUAGAUUGGACUAAGAAGGCCAAUUUCUUAACAAUGGAAGAUCAUUGCCAAUACAUGUUUAUUGGGCAUGUUGAAGGUCGCGCGUACUCCGCAUCCCUGAAGUACCGUCAAGCCUGCCGGUCUGUAGUCGUUGCACACAAGCUGCAGUAUAUACAACAUCAUCACUAUCUCCUGGUAUCCUCCGGUCCCAACCAGAACUAUGUGGAAGUUGAGAGAGACUUCUCUGAUCUCCCAAAGCAAAUAGACGAUCUCUUAAAGAACGUCGAGAAGGCAGAGCGCAUAGCAGAGAACAGUGUCAAAACGUUCCGAGAACGAUACCUAACCCAAGCGGCGGAGGCAUGUUAUUGGCGAGCUCUGUGGGAUGGAUGGGCUGAAGUCUCGUCGAAUGUCACACGCAACGUGAAACGACCAGCAGUUGAAAGGGGGCUACGAUAUGAAUCAUUUGUGUUGCUUGAGAGCCAUGAUAUGUUAAAGUUUUCGUUUGGGUCGGAG